CGGUGACGUCGUAACCAUCGGUGCUUCUUCGAUGAUAAGCACGUGUGCGUGCCACUACCUGCUACGUGUACGUGCGUGCGUUAGAAUCGCGAGCCGCGUAUCGGCGUGCAGUUAGUGACCGGGCUCUGUUACCAUCUAAGUCCUCCGUAUACGAGUAUAGCAAAUCAGAGUUUUGUUGUUUGUUUAUAUCUUCUUGUUGGUUUCGUUUGGUUCGAAGGAGUCGGUUUCUUUUUUUGUGCCGAAGCCAGUUACGAACGGAUCACCGGCGUAACCAUGGAUAUCCUGCCGAGUGGGAACAUAUUUAGGGAGUUGCAAGAUAUACACGACACCGGAUACUUUUCGGCCCAGCCAUCGCUCGAGGAUCAUUGGCAACAGACAUGCUACGAGAUGGAGAGGUACCUGAAGGACGAGCCGAAGCUGCAGUCGUACAAAAAGUUGCCCACAGAGUUAGAUACGGCACCCUGGAACCUCUUUAGGGCGCCCCCUAUCUCGUGGACAGCGUCCACCGGCACCACCAACGCACAAUUCGAAUCGCCAAUCAAAAUGGAGGUGACGACGUCGUCGGAAGACAGGGAAACGCUCUGUCUGGACGAUAUAAAGUUCAGUCCAGGCGAUCACAACCACAACGGCCGCGAUAGGGAUCUCCUGGACCGGCACCUUGAUUCCUUGUCGAUGUCGUCAUCGAGUUCGGCGUGUUCGGCACUGUCCUGGGAUAGUUCGCCUUCCGUUUCGUGCACGGCUUUCAUUCUCAAGAAAGAACCCAGCGAGGACCUCGAAGAGGACGAGGAACACGAGGAAAUCGAGGAGGAAGAGGAUAGCGGCUGCGAAAGCGAAGGUCAAAUCCUGACACCACCGUCGAGCCCGGGCUCGGGUCAAGGUCAUUCCAACUCCAGUCACUCGUCGAGCGGGAGUUCGAUGCUCGAUGUGCAGAACCUCAACCUUCAUGGGACGGGCGGCAGGAGCGCCAUCGUCAGGGUUACCUCCGGCAACGCGCAGGGUGUCGCAAGACUGAUCUCCGUCACAGCGAAUGGUUAUCCCGCAGUUGCUGGCACGCAACAUGCACACGCAGGAACAACUGCAGCUGCGAGCACCGUGGCUAACAGGCACCACGCGAGGAGCCAUGAGCACAGUCCACCUGAUACGAAGCGCAGGAUACACAAAUGCCAAUUUCCGGGUUGCAAGAAGGUAUACACCAAGAGCUCGCAUCUGAAAGCCCAUCAGAGGACGCACACAGGAGAGAAGCCGUACAAGUGCAGCUGGGAGGGUUGCGAGUGGCGAUUCGCGCGUUCCGACGAGCUGACGCGCCACUAUCGCAAGCACACUGGCGCGAAACCGUUCAAGUGUCGGCAUUGCGACCGAUGCUUCUCUCGCAGCGAUCAUCUAGCCCUCCAUAUGAAGAGACACGUGUAAUCGAUCGUCAUCGAGAACGGUCCUCAACGCGCGGAACAGUCCAGGACCGGUAGACGAAGCUCCUUCCUUCCCGAGGAUUCCCGAGGCCGUCGAGCAACACAGCCUCCACGUGAUUGCGUUUCUUCCACAGAUACCUGACGAUCCACAUCGAACUCGAUCACCGACGAUCGACCGCUACGAUGGCCCUGAAUUUGGUCACGAUUUUCGUCGGAGUAAUACGAUCGCAAGAUAUUCUGCGGGCUUUGAUACUGUCUAUAAGAGGGAAUCGAUGAUGAGCGAGACGAUCGGUGAAGGACAGCCACUUCUGGUGGCGAUUGUCCAUUAGAACGGACAACAAUCGAUCGACGAACGAUAAACGAUCGGCUUUGAAACCGUGUCGUUGAGAUUAUAGAUUCAAGACACUUCGUAGGUUGAUGAUUGCAAUUGGAAAUCGCAAUCGGAAAAACAGGUAGACGCGCGUUCCUCUGUUCUUCGAGGCAGUUCGUUUAGACUAAAAGGCGAGGAGUAGAGACAGGAAGAAGGUCUGAUGAUAUUUACUACGCGAGAAACGCUGGCACUAGAGACAGCAGGUGGGUCGACAACGAUCAGAUGCGGAUUAGACUGGUAUUGUUGAUGCGAUUAGACGGAGCCACCGGGGCGAGCAGCUGGAAGACAACGCGCAACGAGUCUCGUCCCGGGAAGUUAAUCACUGCCAAUUCAUUAAAUUGUAAGAUCGGCGCGUGUACCGUCGGAGAUAUAGCCUACGCGAAUGGCUGCUUCGGAGUCAGAGGAAGUUAAUCGAACGAGCGAAAUUGUCCGGCGACAGUGGUGUAAAGCUCGCGUGUGAACCCUUGUAAGCCGUCUGCCUUCCGUAAAACGGUCGAAUUCCAGAAACCGAAACUUUAACUGACGCAAAAAAGAAGAAAAGAGAAAGAAGAAAAGAUAAUUAAGAUAAAAUAAAAUAGCAAAAGAAAAAUGAUAAAAGAAACCUGAUAAAAUGAUGAAACGUAGCGCACACAGUUUGAGAAACACCGAUCUGGCGAUGUUUCAAAGGCGUCGCGUUUAGAUUCGAACGAAAGUCAAGGAAACCCGGUUCGCGAGGACAAUAAUACGCUGUCUGUCGGUGCCAAAACGUUAUUUCCUUUCUCUUUCAUUUACCCUCUUCUUUCUUACACGUAUACACAGAGAAAACCAUAUAUAUUACACGUAUACACGCGUACUAUGCUUCUCCCUCUCAUAUCCCAAUGAAUGGGGGCCACGGGAAAAGCAGUUGGUGGGUGGGAAACGUGCACGACGCUUUUGAGCUUCGAUCCUUCGACGGGUGGCAAUAAUCGAAAUUGUAUUCGCGACCCGGUGGAACGCGGAACCGUGUCACACGGAGGUGUGUUGUAAGGGGGCGGCGGAUGAGGGCACGAAGCGAGAGGACGAACCGUAAUUGAAUACGUGAUUUCGGCCAGUUUCGACGGAGGCAAAGUUUACCCGUGCCGCGCGCUAAUCCCAAAUUUACAGUGCGAAUUAUAUCGCGAGGCGCCUCCAUUCGACCGAUGAUCCGGUCCGCCGCCCUUUCGUCCUUUUACCAUAGCCUCGUUUCCACCGGGAGCUUGUGCGAAUGAUACCGAUAUAUACGAUAGACGAGAAAAAAAUAAAAAGAAAAAAAAACACUAGAAUGAUCCUAUUCAACGACAGAUUCGACCGUUUUACUCAUCGAGAAUAUUCACGAGUGAUUUUUAAGGAAGAAAGAAUCGCGUACAACCCUCGAACACCGGUUCGAGGGUACUUUUUUCCUUAAAAAAAAAUUCGACCGAACGGGGCUUCUUUCGUAGUAGCGCGCGUCCUAUGGUUUUUAACGAAAAUAAAUGGAGAAAAAAAAAGUAUAUACGGAAUCUGACUUUGUACUUUUGUACGAUUGCUUUCUAGGUAACGUUUUCUUGUUUUGUUUCACGCGUAACCGCGCGACGUAUGGACGGGGGUGGCGACGCGUCCCGGCGCGGCGGGCAAGAUUCUUGUCGGAGGCUCAACAGAAAUAAAUGAUAUAUAUAUAUUUUUUAAUAUUCUCGUCUUACUCACCGAAACAAUAUAUUGUUAUACAUAAGGGAUUAUACAAAGUAUAAACGGGCAACAUUCCGCACAAAGCUCUAGAACCGUUUCCACGCGUCAGACUCACCCGCCGAGCACGCCACCCCCUCUCGUACGCACGCAAAACCCGGAUGGCAGACGGCGCUCGCAGUUCACCUCGACUAUGCGUGUCCCGGGAACGCUAUGAACUUCCGGUCGAUAUGCAUCGUUGUCUCGCUAAUCAUCGAUUUCCGUGCGGACAAACGGGAUCGAAAUCACGUAGGGAAAUGACAGUAGAGGGGAAUAUAAAUGGAAACUCAAAAAGGAGGAACGAGAGAAAAGAGGGUAAAGAGAAACUAGAGAAACGUAAUGCAAAUGAAAGAAAAGAAAAACGUUGACGAGGGGUAACGCAAAUUAGUUACUUGAAAUAAAAAUGUGAAUUGUAUCCGUGGACUGAACGAACGAAGGAUCGCAGAUCGCUCAUCGAACGAAUGGUGAACAAAAUAGAGUAGUAAAAGCGAUUAAGAAAGAAAUUAAAAAAGAAAAUAGAGUAAUAACAUAAAACGAUUAAAUAUGAAUGGAGUAAGAGAAGCAGAACGUGAGGGCAAGGAGUUCACCGCUUAAGAAGACUAAUCUUACCUGAAAGCGCGGAACGGCGCAAAGAGCGGCCGAGCUGGCGAACGAAACGAAGAUUUAAAGGGAAAGAAUAAAAAAAAAAGAAACUAAAUUUUAAAUGUUCAGUGGCCAAAUAAAUUAACUGAUAACGCACGUAGAACGUAACGAUACCGUACCUACCAAGUAAGCCUGACUGAUAUGAGAGCGUCGACGCGGUUCGCGCGCGUGUGGCUGCGUGUGUAUGUGUGCGCGUUAUUCGAUGUCUGUGGCACCUGUGUAUUUCUUCUUUUCUCUAUAAUAUUUUUUUCCUUCUUUCUUUGCGUCAAUUUGCGUGAGUGUGUCAAGAAGGUGUGUACGCUUGAGUGACUACAUUUCUUUUUCCCCGCGAGAAUGUGUUCCAAAAACGAUUUCGGGGGUUAUAGAAAGGGAUAAGGUGUAAUGAGGAUUUUCAAAGAAAACGAACAUGCAUAGGGAAAGAGAGUGAGAGAGAGCGAGAGAAAGACGCAAACGAAUCCAACACAGGGAGAAAGCAUAAAAAAAGUAAAGAGAAGAAAAGGUAAAGCAUGUGUGUGAGAGAGAAAGUGUGAGAAAAAGAGUGUGAGAGCAGAACACUAAGUUUGUAUAUUGUGCAAUUUUUGUCAGUGUUUCAUUAUUUGUUACCAUGUUCACGGAUAAUUAUAAAUAAAGUAAAUAUAUAUAUGCAGCAUUUACAAGGACUUAGGAUAAACGAAGAUAAACGAGAAGCCAGAUGUCUUUUUGAUAGCCAUAUACUGCGAGGUAUCGCGCGGCGCCCCGAUACAGAGGACGCCCCGACCGCUCUUUUUUCUCGAUACACAUUUUUUCUUUUUCCUUUGUCUCUGAUAGGGCGAGAGUGGCGAGAACGACGAUACGAAAAACGGUGCUCGUCGCUCGGUCACGACGCUCCUCUCGUUACAUACACGAAUCCGUCGUCCGGAUCGUUCGCAACCCCCCAACGAUCAAACGAGCCCGCGUUUCGCUCGAUCCUCUCGCUCCUCGAGAUCGGAAAAUCUCGGAACGACUCGUACCAUCUUCUCUCUUCGCGGGCUCUCCGGUUCGUGUAUCUAGCGCGACUGAGAAGCUUUCUCGACCUGCGACCGACGGCGACUUUAACCACGAGGAGUAGAGGAAAAAGAUGGGGUAGGAGACGGAACGAUCGAGUCGUAAUGAUCGGACCUCGCGAUCGUGACGAGCGUUUCGCGCGUUUCCAUCCCGGCGACCAACGAAACACUGUAGAUAUAAAUACACGUACAUUAAUAUAAUACGUAACGAAGGAUCGCACGUGAAUAAAAAGGUCCGCGUUUGUUUCAAACUCGAGCAAUGCGAAGCAAGCGUGUAAUGGAUGAAAAGGGUCGAUAUACAGGAGAUUAGGAAAGACAGAUGAUACAGGUGUAAUUAAAAGAGAGAUACGAUAAGUCGAGCGAGUGAAGAUAAGGCGAGAGAAAGCGGGCACCUUAAGAAAACUAAUAAAUGGUAGUUAGAAGUUUAGAUAGAUGGAUAGCUAGAACGUUAGAUAGACACCUUAGAUAGGCAGAUAAAUAGUUCGACGAAGAGAGGAAAGGCGGAACGAAAAAGAAAGAAUGAAAGAUCGGGGUGAAUUGGGGACGGGUGGGAGGGGGGAUUUAAAAGAGUUAUUAUAUAUAAAUGAAUAAAAAAGUCUAUAAAUAUAGAUAGGUGGAUAUACAUAGAUAGAGAUGUAAGUACCUAAGAGAAACUCUAAGGAAUCUUUUAGAAGAUGCUGUAUCGUUGUACGAGGUACAAUAGAUGGACAUAAGUGUUUUAUGAUACUUGCGUACAAUAAGGUCGAGACGAAGCGUGAGGAAUAUAGUGUAUAAGAAAAUGGUGAAACGGUGAAGAAAAAAGAAAUAUUCCAACGAGCAUGGACACGAAGAGCGUACAUGAAUACCGAGCAGUUCACGAAAAGAAAGAAGAAUAGGGAAGAAAGGGGAAGAAAGGCAGACAGAUGCGGCACGAUUCGUAAUUGUCUUAAUUGUGGUCUGAAAUAUUUUCAGUCGUGUUGUAUAGUAACUCUGUGAAUUGCAGGAUUUUACGUGAAAGCGAGGAAGACCGUGAGUGACAGAGAGCCGGCGUGAAUGGAUGAGUGUCGGGGGAGAAAGCGUUCGAAUGAAAAUGGAAGGUAGAAAAGAGAAACGACGUGAGAAACAGACGCGACUGAAGGACGUAAGGGAUAAAAAAGGAACAGCACGAACAAAAUGGGAUAAGAUCUAUUUUAGGAAGAAACAGGCGAGGACUCUUCGUUUAAAUUCAAUUCGACGCGUUCGAUUUUUACCGUUCGUGUCGACGAAUAGGUAUCGUAAAAGAGGAGAAGAGAAAGAACGGGAGGAAUACGAUGAAAAAUAGGGCAUGUGUAAAAUUCAAUACACUAAGAAACGAACUGAUUAAAGAACUAACGUUAUUUUUAGGAAAUUACAGCUUUAGAAAAGAUUUAAGUAAAUAGCGAGGGGGAAGGUGGUUAGGCUAAGUGCUAAGGGUAAUUUGGUUUCGCGUGUUGAAGCUUUUCUGUGUGAGUAUAGAAGUGAAAGAGUGGGAGAGAGAGCGAAAGAAAAAGAGAUAGAGAAGGGGAAGCUCGGGGGG